AUGGUCUCCCUCUCCAGCGCCUCGCGCGGCCCAGCGACGGGACUACAUACACCUUCAAAGAUGAUAACAACAUCGUCACCAGCGCCCAUAUUGAAGAACUCUAAGACACCUAACUCCGCCGCCGGAGUAAAACACAGGAUGGAGGAAAUGGACCUAUCACUCUCGCCCACAUCCUCCAUUGCUGAUGAUCCAGAUGGCCAGCCUAGUCCUCGGAAAAAAGCCCGCGUGCAGUUCGACGAAGACGUGGAAAUGCGAGAGAUCCCAUACAGCAAAAAGGUACAAAAUGGGAGCCAUGGAACAACAGACAAGAGCGCAGCUGUGGUGCGAGAGGAAGUGCGGCGGGCGAUUCAACGGCAUGUCUCGGGCGGCGAUAGUGAGGCCUACGACCGAGUCAAGGAGAUCUUCACGACCAGCCCCCGGCGCCAGGAUACGAACGGCUUGCCACAAACAAAUGUACCUACACACAAUACAUUGAAACAUCAUCUUAUGGGCCUUCUCUCGAAUGUGGCGGCGCUGGAUCGGAGCUGCAACGGGUUAGUGAACGCCGUACUGGCCAGCGAGUGGCUCGGGCGGGACGAAUCGUACGUCAAGCUGUACAUUCGGUUUUUGGGCAACCUUGCGGCCGCCCAGGGAAGUUACUUGGGGUCUGUGCUGAAGAUGUUAACCAACUAUAUGGGUGAGCUCCCUAAAGGCACAGGGAGAUUGCCGGGGUAUCCUCAUGUCCAUCCCGCCGAGGCUUACACCCGCGUUCAUAUGGCCAUGCGUCACGUCAUGCAGCUGGUCCCGUCUGGAAGCGGAUCUCUAUCACCCAUAAUAUCGUCUCAGUUCCCAUUCGAUACCGAUUCAGCUAAGGCCAACAUCGCCUAUACGCAAAAUCUUGUCAGAGUCAUCAGAUAUGCUCCAGAACUCCAAGCCGACAUCCUUGCUCUCAUUACCGAGAAGCUGGUCAAAAUCGACGUGCAAAUCCAAGUGGACAUGGAAGACCUCGAGGACGAAGAGGGCGAGGACGUCCUGCACGACAUCUCCCCAGAGACCGUGAUGUUCGCUGAGGACUUGGACGAUGACGACGACGAUAACGCCUCGGUGAUGAGUGACGAGUCUGUCGAGGAAGAAUCUCGACGAUUAAAGAUCAUCAAGGAGAACAUCCUCAAGCUUGACGGCAUGAUUGAUACAAUGUUUGAAUAUUAUUCACCACCCUUCAAAUCUGGCACCCUCGACGACAAGGAGAACGCCCUCGACCUCCUACUCAGCCAUUUCCAAACCAUCAUCCUCCCUACCUACCGCUCCCGCCACUCACAAUUCCUCCUCUUCCACUUCUCCCAGUGCUCCCCCGUCCUCGUUGAUCGGUUCGCCGCCACAUGCGUUCAGCUCAUCUUCAACAAAGCGCAACCCGCCAUAUUGCGCCAAUCCGCCGCCGCCUACCUCGCCAGCUUCGUGGCUCGAGGCGCUCAUAUCUCCAGCGAAGUCGUCCGCGACGUCUUCGACCUCCUCGGCACACACCUAAACACUCUACGCCUAGACUACGAGCCCUCCUGCCGAGGGCCCGACCUCCGCCGCUUCGGACCCUUCUACUCCACCGCCCAAGCCCUCCUCUACAUCUUCUGCUUCCGCUGGCGCGACCUGACAACAGCCGCCAUCGACGGCGACACGCCCGAGCAAAUCGACGACCUCGAACCCGAAGACAUCGUUUUCCCCCCUUCCAUCCGAGACGUCCUCCACAAAGCUAUUCUCUCCAAACUCAACCCCCUCAAGGUCUGCUCUCCAGCCAUUGUCUCCCAAUUCGCUCGCAUGUCUCAACACCUCAACUUCAUCUACGUUUUCACGAUCCUCGAAACAAACAAGCGCCUCCGCAUGUCUACAUACCGCAACCUUGCUGCCCUUUCAGACCCCCGCUUUAGCCAGGUUGAGCGCGAGACUCGCGCCGGUGAUGAUCUCGGCUAUCAGCUCGAUGCUUAUUUUCCGUUCGACCCUUACCAGUUGCCGCGGAGUCGGCGGUGGUUAGAGGGUGAUUAUGUGAAUUGGCGCGGGAUUCCUGGUCUUGAUGACCGGGAUGACGAUGAUAGUGAUGAGGUGGAGUCGGAUGAAGACGGGGAUGAUGACUUGAGUGAUGGGACCGAAACGGAUCAUGAAUGA